AUGACAGGCAGAGAGAUGCCAGUUCAGUUGAUGCACGCACUUUCUUUUUUUUUGCCUGCAGAGAACUUCAGAAAACAAAUAUGCAAACAUCCGAGAUCAAUACAGAGCGGGGCUCUUCCGGUACCCUGUUAGUACUUCCGAGAAUGGAUACGCGCUGCUUUUAAAUGGACAGUCGGCAAGGAUUUAAAUCCACGUCCACACACACCCUUUCACAUUUAUGCUCCAAGUUGCACCUUGACCUGAGAUCAGCGAAUGCUCAACUUUUGAUUGUCUCUAGAAAUCAUUUAAAAUUCGCGAUUCCUGUUCAAAAAUACGUGGGUUGUAUUGCUAGAAUUGAACCGUGGCUGUGAAACUAAAGGAGGCUUACGAAUGGGUGUAUUAUCUGUACAUCGUUUCAAAUACAUACAGCGCCCUUUAAAUUAAGAUAUUGACGCGCAAUAAGAUCCAACGUAACCUCCCCUCCCCUCACGACGUCACGCCGUACGUGCGCGUCACCUCUGACAGCGACAGCGGAGAUCCUGACAGGGAGGCAGCGGGCAGAGGAAAACAAAACUUCAGGAUGGAAGUUUGUUCUGAAUUCAAACAGGACGCAUAAAAUAUACACACGAGUCCGUCUGUGGUAAAAAAUAAACACCGGACACAGCCACGCAAAGAGAACGGCGACGUGAAUCUCUUUCACAGCAGCCGGGGGACGGGGAAGAGAAAGCGAGUCGGAGGAGUGCUUUAAAAAAGUGAAAAGAUGAACCGCGUUCUCCCGGAGCGCCGGUGUUUGUGAUUCCCAAGAAAAAGAACAAGGAGCGAAAAUUACUCCCCAAGUAACCAGAGAACGAGGGAGGAGAUUGAAGCGCUAUGAAGACGGCCGGUCAGUGAUAGCGAGAGGACGCGCUGCCAUGGAACGGCUGCAGGACGGAGUUUCGGGAAUCGGCACUAAGGAUCGGGGGUUAGGGUUCGAGCCUCAGCCAGGAGGAGGAGGAGGAGGAGGAGGAGGAGGAGGAGAAGUGGUUGCGCUCCAGGAGAUCCACCUCAAUAACGGGGAGUCACUGCCCUGGAAUGGGGAGUCCACAGUGGCAGGCAGCCCUGAGAAAACAUUGCUCACUACUGGAGCCGGGCUGGAGGAGGGCGCAAUACAAGGAGAGGUUUAUAUCCAGGAGGGAGGCGGGACCGAGGUUGUCUGCGACGAGACAGUGUUGGAGAUCUAUACCCUGGAGGUAGCAGAAACACCUGACGUUAUUUCACAAGAUGCAGGAUCUGAGCCCAGCUCUGACGGGACAGUGCAUGCAGAGAUCAGCGGGUCUCCACACCGGACAGCCAAUGGGACAGCUUGGGAACUGAGCCCAGGGCUGGAGGAGGACGGGUCAGAACCCAACAACAAUAACUACGGAACCACAGAACCAGAGAGCCCGGCGCCGUCCAGCAGCUACACAGAUCUGUCUCAGACCUCGUCUCCGUCGCUGUGUGAUCAGCUGAAGCUGGGCCGCGAGGAGCCGCCUGGCCCCGGGCUCAACGUUGAGUGUCGGAUCUGCGGGGACAAGGCCUCCGGUUUCCACUAUGGGGUGCACGCCUGCGAGGGCUGCAAGGGUUUUUUCCGGCGGACGAUUCGUAUGAAGCUGGAGUACGAGCGCUGCGAGCGGACCUGUAAGAUCCAGAAGAAGAGCCGCAACAAGUGCCAGUACUGCCGCUUCCAGAAGUGCCUCGCGCUGGGCAUGUCCCACGACGCGAUCCGGUACGGCCGCAUGCCGGAAGCAGAAAAGAGGAAGCUGGUGGCCGGACUGCUGGCUGGGGAAACGAGCGUCCAGAACCCGGGGGGCUCGGACCUCAAGUCACUGGCCAAACACGUCUACAACGCCUACCUGAAGAACCUGAACAUGACCAAGAAGAAAGCGCGCAGCAUCCUGACCGGCAGGACCAGCACCAACCCGCCCUUUGUGGUCCACGACAUGGACACGCUGUGGCAGGCUGAGAACGGGGUGGUGUGGAACCAGCUGAUCCACGGGGCGCCCCCCACCAAGGAGAUCGGGGUGCACGUGUUCUACCGCUGCCAGUGCACCACGGUGGAGACGGUGAGAGAGCUCACUGAGUUUGCCAAGAGCAUCCCGGGCUUCGUGGGGCUCUACCUCAACGACCAGGUGACGCUGCUCAAGUACGGCGUGCACGAGGCCAUCUUCUGCAUGCUGCCCUCCCUCAUGAACAAGGAUGGGCUGCUGGUGGCCAAUGGCAAGGGCUUCGUGACGAGGGAGUUCCUGCGCAGCCUGCGCCGGCCGUUCAACGAGAUCAUGGAGCCCAAGUUCGAGUUCGCCGUUAAGUUCAACGCGCUGGAGCUCGACGACAGCGACCUGGCUCUCUUCGUGGCUGCCAUCAUCCUCUGUGGCGACCGACCUGGCCUGAUGAAUGUGAGGCAGGUGGAGGAGAUCCAGGAUAACAUCUUGCAGGCUCUUAACCUGCACCUGCAGGCUCACCACCCCGACUCGCUGUACCUCUUCCCCAAGCUGCUGCAGAAGAUGGCCGACCUGCGACAGCUAGUGACUGAGAACGCACAGCUCGUUCAGAAAAUCAAAAAGACAGAGUCCGAGACCUCACUACACCCGCUCCUGCAGGAGAUCUACAAAGAUAUGUACUAGAAGAGCAAACAGAAGACAAUCACAAACACAAAUAUAGAAGUGUGUGUAUAUAUAUAUAUAUAAUAUAUAAUAUAUAAUAUAUAAUAUAUAAUAUAUAUAUAUAUAUAUAUAUAUAUAUAUAUAUGUAUGGAUACAGCCGUUACAUUGAAACAUCCCAAACCGUCAAACAGCAAGUAAGAGGUGCAGAUUCACUGCUGCUGCGACAGAAUACUUUUAUAAUUAUUAUUAUUAUUAUUAUUAUUAUUAUUAUUAUAUUAUUAUUGUUAUUAUUAUUUUUUAACCAAUAGGGUUUAGGCGUUAAAUUGAGUCCAAUCUAGCACAGCAAAAGUGUCCUGAUGUCCUCCAAGCUAAACAAAACAAAAUGCUGUGGGGUAGUUUGGGCAUUUCAGUCAUUUCAGGCCUGGUUUUAAUACAUCUAGAAAUGUGUUCUUAAAGGUUUUGAAGAUUAUUAGCAAGGAGAGUUUAUUACAGUAUCUGUGUAAAGCUCCUGCUGCCCUGUAAUUAUAAGGUCAUUAUAAUGCCUUCAUUACAUGGCUGUAUCCCUAUAGUUCAACAUUCUCUAUAAAAGAACUCCCUUUAUAACACGUAUAUAGAUGCAUUUAUCACUGUUUGGGACUAUGUAAUGGUACAUGAAUGCGCCAGGAUUGAUACCUGCCCCAUUAGACGGUGGAACCCCUCUCUAUCGCAGCCUCUGAAUUUAAGGGGGCUCCCUCUGUUCCGCCACAACUCCAAAUGGAAAGAGACUGGCGGAGAGUGGUUGGUAAUGGCAAGUCGGUCUUUAUGAAGAACUUACUGUAACGGGCUCUGUCGGUCCAUUCCAACCAGAUCCUUAAUGACUUCAGAAUUGCAUACCUAGGUUCUAUUAAAUAAGGAGUGCCCUGCUUGGAGCAGGGCUCAGGAAUGCUCAGUUGAAUAUUAAGAACAUGAUUGGAACAAGGUCCUGUGUUGGAAUGGAUUGAUAAAGAGUUUUUCUGUCCGGUUUCUCUUAUGACAGGCUGAACGGUCCACCCCCUCAGCACUGGUGCAAGACGGUUUAGAAGCACAGAUACUGCGGUUUAGUCCGAGUUUACUUCUGAGUCAUUGGUUUACUGUUUUUUUGUUUUUUUUUGUAUUUAGUUGUUUUCAGCACAGGGUGUUUGGAAGUGGGUUCUCAAAGGCCAAAGAAUUGGUCUCCUUUCAAGGCCGUCUGGGGCUGCCGUGCACUAGGGACCUGGGAUCAAGCCGUGGCAUUUCAGAGGACUUGUGUGUAGGAAAUGAGCACACACCUGUGAUUGUGUUACGUUUCCAUUUGCAUUCCCACUCUGCUCCUGCCUUUAGGUCUUCCGGAUCAGCUUUGCGUUUGCUGGUUUCUUCCCCUCUCCAGAAGCCCUCGCUCGCUUCUUCCAAUGAACAGUGCAGCCUAGUGGAAACCGGGGUACCGAAUUUCUGAAAACAUGAGGAACAAAAAAGUUCCAAUAAACUGUAACGAAGCUUAAGACAGAUUAUGAACUGACAAGACAGUAGAAUAACAUUUAGGUUUGUAAAUUGUUAAAGAAAGUGAUAUUUAUACAGUCCUUGCUGAUCAGCAGGCUAAAUAUGUCAUGCAUCUGUGCUUAGCCAAUGACUUUGAACCAGGACGAAACCUCAAAUUCAGUAUCUGACCAAAGUUACUGAAACAGAACCUCAGCAUGUCUAAACGGAUGCAUAACACAGUUUUGUUUUAAUGCCAAACUAUAAUGAGAUAAGACAGAGCUAAGAAGUAGCAGUAUUACAUCUGCUGUCUCUGACACUACCUGGCAGUGUUUUUUCAUUUGAGGUAAAAGGAAAAUUGAACAGGGGAAAAAUAAAGUAAGACUGACUAACUAACUAACUAAGCCCAGAUCAUUGGCAAUCAAGGGCAGUCAGGUGACACACGUGUGUCGUGAAUUGUCAAAAUGUAUUACUUUUUUUAGUUUUUUGUUUUAACACUGCAAUGUACAAAGAAACUACUGCAUAUGGCAGGAAGAACAAAGUUACAAUCAAUUCAUUGGUAAAACUUUACUGCUUUACUCCCUUAAAUGUUACCUCUACAUUUCUGCUACCCUGGCCCAGAUUUAUGACAAAAUAACAUAGUCAUGUUGUAUUGUUUUAAAUACACAGAUUUGUCUUAAAUAUACAGUAAGUAUAUUUAAUGGUAUGCUAUUUUUGUAUGUGUAGUAAAUAACAAUGUAGGUUUGUGUUACAGUCUGUAGCAAGUUUACUGUGUGCAUGUGUGUGCAGGGGAGAAUACCUAGCUAGACGUGUGUUAUAAAGUACAUACAAACGAAGCAGAAUUCCUGCUUCGCUAGCAGUACUGAUUACAACACUGAGCCUUGUAGCAUGCACGGUCCAAGGGGUAACUAAACUAGCACGAGAAAGCAUCUACUGAAAGUCAACUGCAUGAAGAUAAUCGACUCUUGAGGGAUUCACAGAGUUUCACUUCGGCUGCUGGAUUGAAUAUAUGUAUUAUUAUUAUUAUCAGGGACGCUGCUUACAAUGUGUCUGUGGAAACCGGAUCUUGUCUAAUAAAGGAGCACUGUGCAUGGAAAAUGUGUAACCACAUUGAUACAUGUAGAAACCUUUUUAUGCCUGUGUAGACAAUGGGUUUUAUGAUGCUGUUACUAUCAAGCUCUGUUGUAACCCCUGCUCACAGCAGCCGCAGUACAAUGUCAAAGGAUACCUUCUGUAGUGGUAGCUGCACACUGUACUACACAGGCCAGCUGAGGUAAAGAGAAGGGAAGCAGUUGGGUGAAUUAGAAUCGUGGAGAAGCACUGUGUUAGCACAGGUCUGGCUUUGAGCAAGGACUGAGUGUGGAACAGUAAUAUAGUCCUAUGCUGAACAAGAUUGCUGCAGCACUGUGCAGUUUCCACUCUCUUUGCAUUGUACUUGGUGCCAUGCAAUGUGAUAUCAAACAUCCUCCUUGCAUGCAUUCAUAUUAUCCUAAAAUAUUAGUUUUCCCCCAUGGAAAUUGAAUUUGCAGAAUGUUACUCCUCAUCCCUCUAGAAUGAAAAGGCCGUGGACAGUUGGAAGAAAUUGGCUUCUCGUUCCUUUUCCUCGGUUGAUGCAUAAAAUUGCAGCUGGUUUUCUGUACUGUCUUCCUAUGUCUACUUUUUGCACCCACAGAGUCGUAGAUGGAUUUAAGACUCCACCUCCAACAGCUGGUGCCAUUCCAGGUUUUGCUGUGCAUCAUGGGAGAGCUUUGAGCUUGUUACCUGUAUAAUGUGGCAAAUUUGACUCAAUGGAGUGGAUCAGACUGCUAUGCAAUGGGAGUCUUAUUUCCAUCCACGAGUGAAUAAGACACUGAAACUAGUAACGGUUUUAAAAAAAUAUACAUUUAGCAUGCUACAGUAACCUGACCAAUAGAGAGACAGGCUUCCAUGGGCAAUCAUUAGAACAGUCAUCCCAUUUAUUUUACAAAUGAAACUGCAAUGUGAGCCUUCUUCAUGUGAGAGCGGGUGAUGAAGAGAAAGGACAGUGUAGGAGAUCUCAGAAUCAGUACCACGCUUUGAAACUGCUCUUGUGGUUUGCUUUUCUUUUUUUUAAUAAUAAUGAUUAUAAUAAUGUAAAUAUGAAGUGUUAAUUGAGCAAAUGUACACACUCCAUAAAACUGAGAACUAGAUAUUUUAAUUAAAAAAUCAACCUGAAUUUUA